AUGUCUAGGUAUCACCUCAGCACGGAAAAAGUUGUCAAGCUGAAUGUUCACGGAAGCUACAUCGGGCGGAUAUUCACCGGCGAAGCUCCCUGUCCGAGGGAUGAACGAGGAAGUUACUUCAUUGACCGCGAUGGGCCCAUAUUCAGGCACAUUCUGAACUACCUGCGCAGCGACCGACUCUCGGUGCCAUACGGUUUUCGUGAAUUCGACCUUCUCAAGGUCGAGGCCGACUAUUACGGACUUCCGGCGCUCGUGCAGGAAAUUGAGGUCAUACUUGUGUCGUUCAAGCGGAAACGUCGACGCCGACCGAACCCGAACCGGAAGAAAACCAGUCAGAGCGUGAACGCGUUACAUCGCGUACACGAGCGUGACGGCGACUUGUAUAUUUCUGACGAAGAUUCGGAUUGGUUUUACGAUUAAAGAGGUCUCUCUUUUGGGGGAACGUGUUUAUUUGUGAACAAAAUCCUA